CCCUCGAGUCCCCGCCCUCCAGAAAUGGGCGGGGAAUGGGCUCAGGUAAAGAGCGCGGCAGUCCGGCCAGUCGCUCGCCUGAGGCAAACGGCGGCGGCGGCAGCAGCAGCAGCGUUGUUGUCCCCCCCGCGUCGUCUCUUUCUCCGUGGUGCGCGGCGGGUCUCCUCUGAGGCGAUGUGGCGGCAUUCCUCGUGGGCCUUCUUCGCGCUGCUCCUGGCCGGUGGCGGCGGCGGCGGCCCCGGCAGCCUCCGCCACGGGGCUUCUGCCCAGUCGGUGUGGACGGCGUGGCUGAACGUGUCGUGGAGGAUGCCCGGCAGCAACGAGAGCUACUGGAACGUGGGCGAGAGCGGCAUCUUCGGGCAGGACUCCCCCCUGCGCCGGGCGGCCGGGCUAGUGGUGGCCCCCGAAGGGCCCGGGGCGGCCAACGCCUGCAGCCCGCACACCAACUUCAGCAGCCCGCCGCCGCCCACCCCGUGGGUCGCCCUCAUCCAGCGCGGAGGCGGCUGCACCUUCGCCGAGAAGAUUGCCGUGGCCGCCGCCAGGGAGGCCUCCGCCGCCGUCAUCUACAACUACGCUGGGGGGUCCGGGAACGACGUCCACCCCAUGACCCACCCGGGUACAGGAAACACUGUGGCCAUUAUGAUUAGCCAUGCAAAAGGCAUUGAAAUCCUCCGUAGGCUGGAACAAGGCUACCAAGUGACCAUGGUUAUUGAAGUGGGGAAAAAACACGGAUCAUGGAUGAAUAACUACUCCAUCUUCUUUGUUUCUGUGUCUUUCUUCAUCGUCACAGCAGCCACUGUCGGGUACUUUAUAUUUUAUUCUGCAAGGAGGCUUAGACUUGCAAGGGCUCAGAACAGGAGACAGAGACGGCUGAAAGCAGAUGCCAAAAAAGCCAUUGGACAGCUUCAGUUACGUACACUGAAGCAGGGAGACAAGGUAAUGUAACUGAGAGAAAGUGGU